AUGAUCGCCAUGGUGAAGGGGUUUAAUGAGUGUAUUGUAUUAUCGCUACCGGCCAUGGAAUGCAAUCAUGACUGCUUCAUCGUGUUGAUACUGACCAUGACUUAUGUGGUGAUAAUGCCACUGGUAAUUACUGUAUUCUACAAAAUCUUGCGCACCAGCAAUGAAGAGGGUUCCUUCUCCCAUCUGCGUUGGAUUCACAAUUCUCAAAAAGGUAUAGCUCGUAACCUCGACCGCAUUAGCGACACUAACAGUUUCCGAGGUAAUGAGGCUGAGGAACUUCCCUGGCAAUUCUCCUGCGGUGGAUCUUGCAUAGUGUGUGAUGAAGAGCUUGAUGCUGUUUCAUGCCAAAUCUUGAGGCUGGUGGAUGGAAAUGCAAGGUAA